AUGGCGAUCAAGCACAACCAGAAGCUCGUCAACAACCACUUCCGCAAGGAUUGGCAGCGAAGGGUUCGCACCCACUUCGACCAGCCCGGAAAGAAGGCAUCGCGACGCACUGCCCGCCAGGCCAAGGCCGCUGCCGUCGCUCCUCGCCCCGUCGACAAGCUGCGCCCGAUUGUGCGAUGCCCUACCAUUAAGUACAACCGCAAGGUCCGCGCCGGCCGGGGUUUCACCCUCGCUGAGCUCAAGGAGGCUGGUGUUCCUCGGCGUCUUGCACCCACCAUCGGUAUCAGCGUCGACCACCGCCGCCAGAACUUGAGCGAGGAGAGCUUGGCGAUCAACGUCGCUCGACUCAAGGCUUACCGCCAGCGCCUGAUCCUGCUGCCCCGCAGGUCCAACGCCCCCAAGAAGGGUGACACCAAAACCGACCUGUCCAAGGUCAACAAGGCUGCCACCGUCUCCUCCGUCCUGCCCAUCGCCCCCACCGACCUGGCCGUCAAGUACAUCAAGAAGAGCGAGAUGCCCAAGGAGAUCGAGGGCGGUGCCUACACCAAGCUGCGCCAGGCCCGAAGCAACGCCCGGUACCAGGGUGCCCGUGAGAAGCGUAUUAGGGAUAAGGCCGAGGCCGAGUCGGCCAAGAAAUAA